CGACAAGGAUUCAGUUUUCCGGGCAGAGCGGGCAACCCUUCUGCAAAAUGCCAUUUCCCACGUUUCCACUCUCUUUCCCACAAUCACGGGCACAUUCAAACAGGUUUUCUUGGCUCUCUUUGAUGGAAUGCAAUAACAUAAAAAAUGAAAAAGAUUUCUCUGGUUUCCUUUGUCCACUUCCUUCUUCUCAAAAUAUCCUUUUGGGUACGUUAGGAACAGAUCAAUUCACAAGCACAGAGCUUUUGGUUCUGGGUAUGAAUAAAUCCCGAUGACUGGAAAAAGGUAAAAGGAAUAUUAGAGGUCAUUUUUGUUGAAAUGGCAAAGGAGGGUUUGUGGGGAUUUGGGUGUUUGAUGAGAAGAAAGAGGGUUGAUUCAGCUGGUACAAGGUGUGGAGGUCAGCAAUUGGCAAAGAGACUGUCUGCUGUUGAUCUUGUUGCAAUUGGAGUUGGAUCGACCAUAGGAGCUGGAGUCUAUAUAUUGGUAGGGACAGUUGCUAGACAGCAGACAGGCCCUGGUCUCGUUAUCUCGUUCCUAAUAGGUGGAAUUGCAGCUGCACUUUCUGCAUUUUGUUAUGCGGAGCUCGCAUGUCGUUGUCCUUCUGCUGGGAGUGCCUAUCAUUACACUUACAUAUGUGUUGGAGAAGGUGUAGCUUGGUUGAUUGGUUGGGCUCUGAUACUUGAAUAUACACUUGGUAGCGCAGCUGUUGCUCGAGGCGUAUCCCCAAAUUUGGUUUUAUUUUUUGGAGGUGCGGAUAAGUUGCCCACUAUUGUAGCUCGGCACACCAUCUACGGGGUUGUGGUUGAUCCAUGCGCAGCAAUUUUAGUUUGCGUAGUAGCAUUGCUUCUGUGCCUAGGGAUCAAGGAGAGUUCAAUGGUGCAAACAAUUGUCACGACUGUAAACGUUGCAGUCAUGGUCUUUAUCGUAAUAGCUGGACUUUAUGUUGGUUUCAUGACUGGAUGGGUUGGAUAUGAGCUUCCCAAUGGGUAUUUUCCAUUUGGAGUAAAUGGAGUAUUUGCUGGGUCUGCAACACUCUUCUAUUCAUAUGUUGGUUUUGAUUCAGUUACCAGCACAGCCGAGGAGGUCAAGAAUCCUCAGCGGGAUUUGCCAAUCGGUAUAGGGAUUGCAUUGUCUUUAUGUUGCAUCUUGUAUAUGCUUGUCUCUGCUGUUAUUGUUGGCCUUGUUCCGUACUAUGCACUUGAUCCCGACACUCCUAUCUCCUCGGCUUUUGCUCACUAUGGGAUGGAAUGGGCAGCAUAUGUGAUUACAAUUGGAGCACUUACUGCCCUUUGCUCAGGUUUGAUUGGUGGGAUACUUCCUCAGCCACGAAUCCUAAUGGCUAUGGCUAGAGAUGGAUUGUUGCCAUCGUUCUUUUCAGAUAUCAAUAAACACACAAAAGUUCCUGUGAAAAGCACAGUGGUGACUGGCAUCGCUGCUGCAGCCCUGGCUUUUUUAUUGGAUAUUGACCAAUUAGCUGGGAUGGUUAGUGUGGGCACGUUGCUAGCAUUUACCACUGUUGCAGUUUCGAUUUUGAUACUGAGAUAUGUUCCGCCAGAGGAGGUUCCGUUUCCAUCAUCACUUCAGGAUUCAAUUCACUUCGAGUCAAUAUCUUGUAGUAGCAGCAUCCAUGGGACUGAGGGAGAAAAGAAUAAGGAUUCUGUUGGCUCUUGCAAGCAUUUACUUGAUAAUGAGGGGAGCUUAGUUGGACAUCCUCUUAUAGAAAAAGCAGCUCAUGCUGAGCAUAAUGAGUUAAGGAGAAGGAAAAUUGCUUCUUGGGGUAUAGCCAGCGUAUGUAUCGGGGCUCUUCUCCUUGCAUCUGCUGCUUCAGCCAAAGACCUUCCUGGCAUUCCUCGCUUCAUUUUAUGCGGAGUGGGUGGUGUUUUUCUGUCCUGCGGCUUGAUUGGGCUCACUUCUAUAGAUCAAGAUGAUGCAUGGCACAAUUUUGGACACCCGGGAGGUUUCACUUGUCCACUUGUGCCACUCUUACCUGUCUGCUGCAUCCUCAUAAACACCUACUUGCUGAUAAAUCUUGGAAGUGGCACUUGGAUGCGGGCUUCAAUAUGGCUGGUAGCUGGAGCUUUGAUAUAUCUAUUCUACGGCCGGUCUCACAGCUCAUUGCUAGGCACAAUUUAAGUGCCAGCUGCCGAUGCUGAUGGAUUGUUGUGUCCUUAAGGGUCUCUUGUCCAUAUAGUUGGCAAAUUUUUUCUUCAUUUUUUUUUUGUAAUGUUUAAGAGGAUAUUCACCGUGUGUAUGAGUGUUAGUGAGCUGAAAGUGAUGAGUAAUUCUGGUUAUUUGGGGUCUUCCCAAGUUGUAUGAAAAUGUAAAUAGCUUACAGCCUGUUUGUUGGCUUUUGCCCGGAUAUAGAAAUCCGGGUGAGGUUAUAUCCGGUGUUUGUUUACUUAUUAUAUCAUCCCCUUGUCCCCUCCAAAACAUAUUCCUCUGCCAAACAGGCCGUUAAUGUGUAAUUUACCGAGGAUUGGUCUCUUUGCAAGCAUUUAAUAAAAGCUUUAAUUAUUGGGAUUGUGUUGGUAA